AUUUUCGUGUCUCCCAAACACGUUUCUUUUCUCUUCAGAGAAGGGAGAGAAGAUAAAGGGGAAAAAACAAAACAAAAUUAAUCAAAGUUUGAAAUAAAAAUUCAAACUUUUGAAGAUUUUUGGAAUCUCACAACUGUCACCAGUGUUCAUCCAUUCAGAUUGGGCCCUAGAUCUGAUCGAGCAAUGCGCUUUUCUACCCGAGGAGGGUUUCGUGGCUGAAACCGUUUUGAUCAUCUGGUUGUUCUGGGAGUGAGGGAACUUGUCCAAGUUAAGAUCUUGAGCUGCAAUGCAGCAUUGAUUUCCUGAGUUUGCUCCUGGGUUGGGUUGUUUUGCUUAAAUUUGACUUGUUUCAGAUCAAAAUUUAUAUAAUGGUUUUUUGGGAAGAAUAUGUGAGCGAUGAAGUAAUGGGCACAUUUGCCCCUAUUGUGCUUUAUUGGGUAUAUGCUGGAUUUUAUCACUUGCUUCCACCUUUAGAAAAGUAUCGGUUGCAUCCUAAGAGAGACGAGGGAAACAAGAAUUUGGUGCCCUUUUCAACAGUUGUGAAGGGUGUUUUGCUUCAGCAGCUUGUUCAGGCAAUUGUUGCACUCUUCUUGCUGACUACAACAAAUGGAUCUGGGGUUAUAGUGCAGCCUUCUAUCCCCAAGCAAGUUCUGCAGAUCCUUAUUGCAAUGUUUGUGAUGGAUACUUGGCAGUAUUUUGUUCAUCGGUACAUGCAUCAGAACAAGUUUUUAUACCGCCAUAUCCACUCCCAGCAUCACAGGUUGGUUGUUCCUUAUGCAAUAGGAGCACUUUACAAUCACCCCAUUGAGGGUCUUCUACUUGACACCGUGGGUGGGGCAAUCUCAUUUCUGGCCUCAGGGAUGACUGCAAGAACAGCUGUUGUAUUCUUCUGCUUCGCUGUCAUGAAAACGGUUGAUGAUCACUGUGGACUGUGGUUGCCUGGCAACAUCUUCCAUUUAUUUUUCCAGAAUAACACAGCUUACCAUGACAUUCAUCAUCAACUACAAGGGCUGAAGUACAAUUAUUCUCAGCCAUUCUUUCCCUUAUGGGACAAACUUCUUGGGACAUACAUGCCUUUUAAUCUUGUAAGGAGGCCUGAAGGGGGUUUUGAGGCCAGGCCAGCAAAGGACUAGUUACCCUGUAAUUGUUGAAACUUUCAUCUGAUGGUAUCAUUUUUCCUUAGGACCAGAGGCUUUACUGUAGGCAUUUCUCAAGUUAAUUGGAGCUUACUGGCUUUUUCAGUUCAUGAAGUUACAGUAGGUUUGCCAAUCCACCUUGUGUAGCAUAACUAUGAUGAUGUGAUUAAGGAGCUUUUCAUUAUUUAUUUUCCAUGUACUUAAAAACAUUUUUGAAGGUGUAAGUUGCUAAAAGAGUACCAGGUUUUUG